UAUAUGUACUCAUACAAUCAGAGCUUCAUCUGUGAGGCUUCUUGUGAGCAAUGAAGUAAGAGAAACAAAGCACCUUUCCCAAAACUAUCUUUACCAUGAAGGUAGCAGGGGUUUUUGUGGUCCUGGGACUUUUCAGCCACUUUCAAGAUGUUGCCAGUCAAGCUAAAUACCAGGUGGGGACAUGCCGUGAAUUCCAACCGUUGUUACAGGACGGGAAUUUAUACUGCAACAGAGAUAUUGACCCUGUUUUUGGCCCUGAUGGCAGGAAGCACACAAACAAGUGUGUCAUGUGCCGUAAAGUCUUGAGAAAUGGAGGAUUAGCUGAUGAUGGUGGACAAGGCUGGCCUAGAGAUUCUUCUUCUGCAACGGACAAUGACUGCAGUGAAUAUUGGCGUUAUUUCAGGGAUGGGACAUUUUCCUGCACCAGAGAAAAUAACCCAGUUCGUGAUCCUUCUGGCCGACAACAUAACAAUAAAUGCAUGAUGUGUCUGGAGAAGUUCAAAAACGGAGGUCGGAUAAAUUCUGCUGGGAAUAACCAACCACAAAAUGUAGGAAAUGAGAGGCGCGAUGAAUGUUAUGAAUAUCGGUCACAGGUGGGGCCCGAUGGAGAACUCACAUGCACCCGUGAGAAUAACCCAGUACGUGAUGCUAGCGGCCAGACACAUAGCAACAAAUGCAUCAUGUGUGCACAGAAAUUCAAAAAAGAAGCCAAAGAAGGCAAGAUCAGUGGCAGCGGAUAUGGCGGUGGCAAUGGCAGAGGAGAACAAAGCCCGAAUACAUACGGGAACAGAAUUGUUCAAGGGAAUUUAAACCAAGGGUCCAUCAAUAAGAAAAACUGCAAUCAAUAUGGAAGAAACGAUGUAAAUAAUCCUUGUUCGGCAGAAUAUCAGAUUGCACAAGGUGAUUACAGAUCAUAUACCAAUUGUGGAGGGAUAGGAGAGUCAUCAUACUACAGUGAAAAUGUUCGGAAAGGACCUUUCAGCAACAGACAGAAAAGAAAGGCCAUUGGUGCCUACAAGUUGGACUGCGAUAAAAUUCUAGCUGAUCUAAAGAAGGGAGGGACUUCCUGUAAUGCUCUGUGGUCUCCUGUUUGUGGCACUGACGGAAAAACAUACAGCAAUCCAUGUUUCCUGUGUUCGGAGAUUGUGAAAGCUGAAGAUAUCCUUACACUGAAGCAUGAAGGUGAAUGUCCUGAAGUUCAUGGAAUGGUUGACUGCAGUCAAUAUCCUCAAACCAAAGGAAGAGUCCUUUGCAAGAGGAGUACCCAGGAGGUGUGUGGAACAGAUGGCGAGACAUACAGCAAUGAGUGCAUGCUCUGUGACAGAAUCUUGAAAACAAAAUCUGAGAUUGGUAUAAAGAAUAUAGGACCAUGUCCUAAGAUAUAAAGGAGUUAAGGUUUCUACAAAGCUUCAAGAAGAAAGAGUGACAAAGAGCAAGUGAUAGAAGAAUUCACAUUCAGAACCAAGACAACUGCUGCAUCCUCGCGUGUUGCAAAGCCUGUCUUCAUAGUAUAUUCAAGAAGCUAUCCCAUGUCUACAGUGCAUGGGCAAUAGUCCUGCACUGGCCUGGGUGGGGGUGAGGAGAUAGACUGUGAUGACCUAGAAAUCGUCAGACUUACUCUUCCAAUCACUUCCUUGUUGAGUUCCAUUCUUACCACUUCCACAGACUCUCUAGAACAUCUUAUUGCCUCCAUCAAUCUCAUUGUGCUUCUCCAAUAAAAUAAAUGAAGAGGA